AAAUCUCGCAAAUUCUCGCCUCGAAAAGCGAGAUUAUCAGCUGUUGGAUGUAAACAUGGCGGAUUUGGAGGACGAUCUAAAUCGUGUCUCAGUAGAACUUGAAAGUCCAUUAUUAGCUGAUCAGCAAUCAUGUCAGAGCUUUAGAACAGUCAGAAGUGACUAUCUCAACAAUGACUCGGUUGCCACCAGCCCUGGCUUCCUCUCCCGGCAGACCUCCUCCCUCUCCGUGCCUGCACUGGGCAACUCUCAGGACUGGGAGCUCAACUACAGGGAGGCGGCUAUCUACCUCCAGGAGGGGGAGAACAACGAUCGGUUUGACACCCACCCUCGGAACCAGGAUGCCCUCCCGGCGUACGUCAUGGUCCACAACUUCUACUUCUACAUCAUGGACCUAGCGGCGGCCAUGCUGGUCCUGCUCCUGGCACUGGUCGAGGAGCCGGCCGUCGAUGCACUCCAGCUGCAGCCGAUUAUCCAUGCAUCUCUGGAGCUGUUUGGCCUGACAGUCAUAGCUCUUGGUCUUGGUCUUAAAAUGAGAUGGAUGGGAUUAAAGUCUUUUGUCAAACAUAAAAGAACGUUACUCAAGGCCAUAUUUCUAAUAGUGAUGUAUAGUGAAGCAUUGGUAGUGAUAGUAAGACAGCAGUCCCACUUCAGAGUGACCAGAGCGUUGAGACCAAUCUUUCUCAUUGACUGCCACUACUGCGGAGGAGUGAGGAGAGUGCUACGUCAAAUCAUCCAGUCACUGCCUCCCAUCAUUGAGAUGUUGUUCCUUCUAGCUUACUUCAUGCUCAUCUUCUCAAUAUUAGGUUUCUACAUAUUUGUCAAUGUUGAGGAUGACAUUUAUUUCCAAACACUGCAGGAUAGCUUCGUAAAUCUCUUUGUACUCAUGACUACUGCUAAUUUUCCAGAUGUAAUGAUGCCUGCCUAUAAUCACAAUCCAUGGUCUGCAAUCUUCUUCAUUGUCUUUCUCGUUCUAGAACUCUUUUUCUUAAUCAAUCUGCUCCUGGCUGUAGUGUAUGAUACCUUCACUGGUAUUGAGAAGAAGAAAUUCAAGAAACUCACACUACACAUGCGGAUAGCUACCAGCAAAGCUUUCAGAUUAUUGUGCAGUAGACGGCAUCCAGGUAAAGCGACCUUUGCUCACUUUGAAGGGCUACUCAAGUACUAUGCUCCAAAUAAGAGCAAGAGAGAUGUUCUGCUCACUUUCAAGUCUCUGAACACUAGUGGAUCAGGCAAGCUGGAUCUACAGGAAUUUCAUAACAUCUUUGAAGUGUCGAGGUUGAAAUGGAAGUCCCAGCGAGAGGAGAGGCUGUGGUUCGAGUCACUACUCAGUCCCCUAGACAAGCUCUUCAGACUACUACACAAGAUGGUCUCAUCAAGGAUAUUUGAAGGAAUUGUUUAUACAGUCAUCGCAAUCAACGGUAUUGUCUUCAUUAUCAAGACCAUCAUAGCAUCAAAACACACAUUUCCAGAACAAUAUAACGUUGCUUGGUACGACUGGUUUUUUGUUGGAUUUUAUUGCAUGGAGGCCUUUCUAAAGAUUCUUGGUUUUGGACCGAGGGGUUACUUCACUUUGGGCUGGAAUCUGUUUGACUUCAUCAUCACAGUCACAGCCUUCAUUGGUGUCGUCACACAAGCGGCAGACAAAAACUUCCAGUAUAUCAUUAUAUUGAGACCUAUUAGGUUAUUAAGAAUAUUCAAGAUUAAUAAGAGAUAUCGUGAUGUAUUUGGGACACUAUAUGAACUGACACCACGAAUGGCAAGUGUUGGGGUCUGUCUGCUCAUUAUAUAUUACUUCUAUGCUAUCGUUGGAAUGGAGUUCUUUGCUGAAUCUCAACUGGAGAACUGCUGCAGGAAUGAUACUUUUGCAGACUAUUACAGCAACUCAUCAAGAUACAAAGAUUAUUUCUACCUAAAUAACUUUGAUGAUAUACUGAGGAGUUAUGUAACAUUAUUUGAAUUGACUGUUGUCAACAACUGGCAUAUUAUAAUGGGAGGAUAUGCAUCAGCUGUAUCAGAAUGGAGCAGAAUAUACUUCUUUCUCUUCUACCUAUCUAGCAUGGUGGUUGUCACCAUAGUGGUAGCAUUCAUCCUAGAAGCCUUCCUCUUUAGGAUACAGUACCACCAAAGAAAAGCAGAACAGACAGAUGAGAAUCAGGUCGAUGAUGGGGAAUCUGAAUCAAUUGUUGAGGUGUCCAUGAGCCUGACUGCCGUCGAAGUGGAUGAUUUCUUCCCCAGAGCUCGGGCAGACGUGAACCUCUCCCUCCUGCUGGGUACCCUUCAUAGAGGGGGUAUAAUAGCAUACAGAGGGACGAGGCAAAGGACCAAAGCUGACCUGAGCAAGACUAUGUAUGCUGAAGAAGUCAAGGAAUGGAUCAAGGAAGCCGACAGAGAGCACCACGAAGAUCUCCAGAACUUUGUCCGUCAGAUGAGCCGAAACACCCUCCUCACCGAGCUAGGCGACUCCACCGCCACCACCCCGACCGACGACGAUGGGCCCACGCCCACGGGCUCGCCCCUCGUCCAACCGUCCACCGCCACUGCCAUGCCUGCGAGGGUGAAUCCGUUUCUAGGGAGGCCCGAGCCGACCUUGACCUCAAAUCACCACACGCCAACUAAGGGCGAGCCAAGUAUCAACAGAGUGGAGGGGCAUGAUGAGGAGGAAGACGAUGAUGAUGAUGAUAUUCUUGGAGAUGAGUUAUGAAAUUAGGUUAACUUCUAGAAAGGUUAGGACUUCUAGAAAGUAUUCAUGUGGGUACAAAAGGCUUUUCAA